UAGGAAUCUUGAACUAGCCCAAUAAGUGCAAGCCUAUAUCAAGCCUAUAUCACAUGGGCAAGGCCUAUAUCAUGGCCUUGCAAGCGCAUCUUGAUCUAAUGGAGCUAAGAGUUCAAUAAACUAGUGAGGGGACAGCGCUGUUUCUUACAAGGUUGAGGGAUGGAGAGCAGGGACGGCCGACACCGGCAGCGGCGCGCCGUUGCGCCCGUCACGGCCGACGAGCGCCGUCGGAGGGUGGGCCUGCGGCGCGCCGAGGAGCGCCGUCAGCAGCGGGACGCCAUCCACCGGGCCAACCGGUGCCAGCAGGAGCCGGCCGCGGCCGCCGCCCCGGCCCUGGAACCCACACGGCCCGGUGAGACGCGUCGCGAGCUGCUGCGCCGGUGGCGGGCUCAGCGGGACGAGCAGCGCCGCCAGGAGGCGGCCGGCCGCGGCCGGCAGCCGGCACCGUUCCGGCCGGCCGGCGCCGUCCACCACCCGAUGGCCGAGUACCGGCACCUGCCGGCCGCCACGCGCACACCAGCGGCUGAGCCGGCGCCCGGCUGUCGGGUGACGCGCUCCAUGGCGCGACUGGCGCCGGUCGGCGCCCGGCAGCCAGCACCUGGCGCCCGGCAGCCAGCACCUGGCGCACGGCAGCCAGCACCUGGCGCCCGGCAGCCAGCACCUGGCGCACGGCAGCUUGCACGCCGUCAGAGGACCACGGGCGCCGCCGCCGCCGCCGCCGCCCCGACGAGGGGGGCGCCUGGCGCGGCGGCCACAGCCGCUCCUGGCGGCCUGGAGGAGGCCGCCCGCGCGCGGCCGCCGACGCAGCGGCAGCCGAACGGCCGGCGGCAGGGCGUCUCUUUUGCGCCGGAGCGACACCAAUUCACGGCGCCAGAGGGGCUGUCCCGGACUCCGCUGAGAGCGCCGCCACGGCACAGUGUCGGCAAGACUGGACGGCCGGCGGCGGAGGGCGGCGGAUCGGGCGGCACACCGGGCAGCUCCAUCAGCGCGGCCAUAGCCGAGUUCCGGCACCUGAUCGGCUCGCCGUGGAUCACGCUGACGCGCGGCUCCUCCUCCAAGAAGAGGCGACGGGAGGAGCUGGACCGACAGAGGCGAUUGGCGGGCGCCCUGCACAUGGAAGACAUCUCUGACGGAGAGUCUCAUGUGCAAGUGAUGUCACCGCCGUCGGCGCAGCACCAGCAGCAGGAGACGUCGCCGGUGCAGCAGCAGCAGCAGCAGCAGCAGCCGGCGCAGCAGCAGCAGCAGCAGCAGCAGCCGGUGCAGCACCAGCAGCAGCAGACGUCGCCGGCGCAGGAGCAGGCGGCGCGGGUGCAGCAGCAGCCGAUGCAGCAGCAUCCGACCCAGCCGGCGGUGCAGCAGCAGCCGGCGGGCCCGGAGCGCUCUGACGGCCAGCAGCUGUCGAUUGGGUACUUCCGUCGGCUGCUGUCGGCUGAGACGGAGCGUCUGUCGGCGCGGGCCGGCCACUGGGAGCAGGUGGCUGCCGCCGGCGGCGUGCCCGACGAGCCGCUCGGAGAGCUGCGCUCGGUCGCCGGCCAGGCGCGCCUGCUGAUCCGCGAGCGGUUCGCGCAGUUCGACAACCUGGUGGACGGCGCCGAGUUUCUGCGCGGCCCGCGGCCCACCACGCUCACGGACCUGCAGGGAUUCUGGGAGAUGAUCUACUACCAGGUGGAGGACGUGGACCGCAAGUUCGGCCGGCUGGAGCGUCUGCGGGCGGCCGGCUGGCGCGGCGUGGACUCGCCCUCGGCGGCCGCCGGAGCCGCGGCGCGUCAGCAGAUGAGGGCGGAGUCGGCCGGCGCCGCCCAGUCGCGCCCAGCGCCCGCCGGCGGCCUCUUCACGGUGACGGCGGCGGCCAGCCCGACGGGAACGCCAGAAUACGGUCCGCCCAUGGCCCUUUGA